CCCCAUAGCCCCCUCCCCACGUCUGUUCCUCUCCCCCUGCCUCCAAAUAGGGCACUGAGGAAAGUCCAGGGGGGUGAGUGUGGGGCUUCCCCAUUGAUCUCACCCCCCGCCCCACUUUGGUAAGGGAGAGAGAGAGAGAGAGAGAGAGAGGGAGCAAGCAAGGGGGUGUCUUCCCCACCCCACCCCCACCUGCUAUGGAGAAGGGGAAAGGGGGAGCAGCAACCACAGGAGCAGGAGGUGGAGGGAAAUUGCUGAUCUACACCAGCUUGGAUGCCAAGGAUGAGUUAGAGGAGAGGCUCGAAAGAUGCAUGGGCACCGUAACAUCGCUGACCGGCGGGGUCUCCGAGAGGGAAGCCAACGACGCCCUGAAUGCUCACGUGUGCAAAGGAGCCCCUCAGCACGAGGAGAUAUGCCUGGGACUUUUCAUGCUGAUCCUCACGGAGCCUGCUCAAGCGCAGAAGUGUUACCGGGACCUGGUGCUGGUCAGCCGGGAUGGAAUGAGUGCCGUGUUGAACAAGAUGAACCAGAUUCUGAUGGAGAAGUACCUGAAGCUGCAGGACACGUGCCGUACGCAGUUGGUUUGGCUGGUGCGGGAGAUAGUGCGGAGCGGGAUUCUGGGCAUCGAAGGCGUCUGCAUGACUUUCAUGAAGCAGAUCGCAGGCGGAGACGUAACGGCGAAGAAUAUCUGGCUGGCGGAAAACAUCCUUGAUAUGCUUACUGAGCAGAGGGAGUGGGUUCUGAAGAGCGUCAUGCUGAUUGCCAUGUCCGUGUACACCUACCUCCGCCUGAUCGUCGACCACCAUGGCUCCCCUCCCCUGCAUGCCCUGAGGCAGAAGGAGGUGGAAUUCUGCAUCUCCCUGCUCCGAGACCGGUUUAUGGAUUGCCUUAUGAUUGGCCGAGAUCUGGUGAGGCUUCUGCAGAAUGUUGCUAGGAUACCCGAGUUUGAACAGCUCUGGAAGGACAUCAUCCACAACCCACAGGUGCUGAGCCCCCAGUUCACAGGUGUUUUGCAACUCCUGCAGUCUCGGACUUCGCGCAAGUUCCUGGCUUGCCGCCUCACGCCCGACAUGGAGACCAAGCUGCUUUUCAUGACCUCCCGGGUGCGCUUUGGCCAGCAGAAACGCUACCAAGACUGGUUCCAGCGGCAGUACCUCUCCACCCCGGACAGCCAGUCCCUGCGCUGCGACCUCAUCCGCUACAUCUGCGGGGUGGUCCACCCGUCCAAUGAGGUGCUGAGCUCCGACAUCCUCCCUCGCUGGGCCAUCAUUGGCUGGCUGCUCACCACCUGCACGUCCAAUGUAGCUGCAUCCAACGCCAAGCUGGCCUUGUUCUACGACUGGCUAUUCUUCAACCCCGAGAAGGACAGCAUCAUGAACAUCGAGCCUGCCAUCCUAGUCAUGCACCAUUCCAUGAAACCCCACCCGGCCAUCACCGCCACCCUGCUGGACUUCAUGUGUCGGAUCAUUCCUAAUUUUUACCCCGCGCUGGAGGCCCACGUGCGGCAAGGAGUCUUCAACUCCCUCACCCACAUCGUGGAGAAGCGAGUCUUGGCGCACCUGGCUCCUCUUUUUGACAACCCAAAGCUGGAUAAAGAACUCCGGGCCAUGCUGAGAGAGAAAUUUCCAGAGUUCUGCAGUUCCCCUUCGCCUCCCGUCGAAGGUAGAAUUGAGGCAGCAGUGAAAAUUGAGGAGCCGGUUUCCAUGGAGAUGGACAAUCACAUGUCUGACAAAGAUGACAGUUGCUACGACAACGCAGAGGCCGCCUUCAGCGAUGACGAAGAGGACUUGAACAGCAAAGGGAAAAAGCGGGAGUUCCGGUUCCACCCGAUCAAAGAGGCCGUCGUAGAAGAGCCGGUGGACAUCACCCCUUUCCUGGACCAGUUGGACGAGACCCUCAAGGACAAAGUCCUCGUGCUGCAGAAGGGGAGCGACACAGAAGCUCAGUGUGAGGUCAUGCAGGAAAUCGUGGACCAAGUCCUAGAGGAGGAUUUCGACCAGGAGCAGCUGUCGGUUCUUGCUUCCUGCUUGCAGGAGCUCUUCAAAGUUCACUUCCGCGGAGAGGUCCUGCCGGAAGAAAUCACAGAAGAGUCUCUAGAGGAAUCCGUGGGGAAGCCACUUUACCUAAUAUUUAGGAACCUCUGCCAGAUGCAGGAGGAUAACAGCAGCUUCUCCGUGCUCCUGGAUCUGUUGUCAGAGCUCUACCAGAAGCAGCCCAAGAUCGGUUACCACCUUCUCUACUACCUAAAAGCCAGCAAAGCAGCGGCCGGUAAGAUGAACCUCUACGAGUCCUUUGCCCAGGCCACGCAGCUGGGCGACCUGCACACCUGCCUGAUGAUGGACAUGAAGGCUUGCCAGGAGGACGACGUCCGGCUCCUCUGCUUCCUCACUCCUUCCAUAUACACUGAGUUUCCAGACGAGACCCUGCGGAGCGGGGAGCUGUUGAACAUGAUCGUGGCCGUCAUUGACUCAGCACAGCUCCAGGAACUGGUCUGCCACGUUAUGAUGGGGAACUUGGUGAUGUUUCGGAAAGACUCUGUCCUCAAUAUUCUGAUUCAGAGCUUGGAGUGGGAGACCUUUGAGCAAUACUGCACCUGGCAGCUGUUUCUGGCCCACAACAUCCCCCUGGAGACCAUCAUCCCCAUCCUUCAGCAUCUCAAGUAUAAAGAACACCCCGAGGCUCUUUCCUGCUUAUUGCUGCAGCUGAGACGGGAGAAGCCUAGCGAAGACAUGGUGAAGAUGGUCCUCAGCCGGCCGUGCCACCCGGACGACCAGUUCACCACCAGCAUUCUCCGGCACUGGUGCAUCAAGCACGACGACCUCUUGGCCGAGCACAUCAAGUCCCUCCUGAUCAAGAACAACAGCCUUCCCCGGAAACGCCAAAGCUUGCGCAGUUCCAGCAGCAAACUCGCCCAGCUCACCUUGGAGCAGAUCCUGGAGCACCUAGACAACCUGCGCCUGAACCUCACCAACACCAAACAGAACUUUUUCAGCCAAACCCCGAUCCUGCAAGCCCUCCAGCAUGUCCAGGCCAGCUGUGACGAAGCCCACAAGAUGAAGUUCAGCGACCUCUUCUCCCUGGCCGAAGAAUACGAGGACUCCUCCAGCAAGCCUCCAAAGAGCCGCCGGAAAGCCACCGUCUCCAGCCCCCGCAGCCGGAAGAACGCAGCGCAGCCCGCCAACAACGAGGAAGACACUGCCUCCAGCAGCGCCUCGGAGGAGGAAGACACGAAACCCAAACCCACCAAGCGGAAGAGGAAAGGCUCCUCGGCGGUUGGCUCGGACAGUGACUGAGGGGGGGACGGGACGGGCCAGACCGCCUUGUCGCUAGCGGCUCCCAGGGUGACUGCAGGCAGCGGCAGAGAGCGGAUCUGGAGCGGCCGGCCGGAGUCACCAUUGGCAGCGAGGACAAUGCUCUCUAAAGAGGGGCGCCGGCGGGACUUGGGACGCUCGGGCGCCCCCUUCCACCCCCCCAGGCACCGUUACAGCCUCUGCCCUGCUCCCCGUGCCUGCGAGACACUCUCUGCCCCCGGCGCCGCCACCCGUCCUCGCCUGCCCGCCUUUUGUACGGUGGCCGCAGGCGGGCGGGGGGAACACGGGUGGUUUUCCUCAGGCCUGUCCUUGGCGACGCGGGGGCCACCUCAUUCCGAGAGAGCGACAGCGGGCAACGGCACCAGAGAGAGGGGGGGGGGCCGUGCCUGCCUCUCCCCUCUUCUCUCCGAAAUGUAAAUAAAUGGUGUGAACCGGCGUUGGCAACUCCCGUCAGUGCUUCCGGCGGGGAGAACCGGGAGUGGGGCUGGGCUUGGGCGAGCUGGAAAUAGGAGGAGGGGCGGGCAGGGGUUAUCACGGAGCCGGGCCAGGCUUUUCCUGGCAUCGUCCCCCCCCCACAGCGCCAGAGGCCCUUCCUCCCCACCCCACCCCAAGCUUGUCGUGUGUGUGCCCUUCCACCUCCAGACAGAGAGAGA